UCAGAAGUGGAGCACGGCUGCCCGGACCGCUCCGCCUGGCUCCCCGACUCCACCUCCAGAACCACGGCCGAAGCGUCACUUCCGGCGGAAGGGGAGCGCGGGAGGUUCGAUUGGAGUCGGCUCUGCCUGCCGUAGGGAGUGUUGCCCGGGCAGGCUCCGGGUCCGGGUCCUCGGCCGGCGGAGUUGUUAGCCACUUCCUGAAAAGGGCGGUCAUUUUCAUUUUAGACCGUGCUCUUGCCAUCGCUGGGCCGGCGUUUAGUGAGCAUUUACUCACUGUGCUAUCGAGCUAGACCCGGAUGAGCACCUGGAACUGGAAAUACGGAAAGGACAAUGGGACACUGCAGCGUUGGAGGUGCUCGGAGAUCAUACAUACACAGCUGGCUGCUGCGCCGGAAGUAAUACGUGCUGCAAAGGGGUCGUUUCCAAACUGCUGUGAUGGCCCAGAGGGAAAAGCCACAGCCUGAAUACAUGAAUAGAAAAAGAAAGUUUCUUCUCGCCUCGGUUCUUGCUCUCCAAAAUUCAAGUUUUAUAUAUCCUUCAUGUCAAAAGUGCUUCUCUCGGAUAAUCUUAGUCUCCAAAAGAUUUAAUUGUCCAAAAUGUGGUUCUACUGGUGAAGCUGAAAAUGCCAGUUACAGAUACAGACUUUCCAUAAAAGUUGCAGAAUCAAACAAAUUAUUUGGCAUUACUGUUUUUGGAAGCUGCUUAGAUGCAUUUUUUGGUCUUACAGCCACUGAUUUGCAUAGAUACAUUCAGGAUUCCAGAGAAAUUCCAGGAGCACUGGAUAGGGAUGCAACUCAGAACCUGUUAACUAAAGCAGUUGAAACUUGCUUUGUUGGACAGAACUUUAUUUUUGGAGUGACGAAUUUUGAAAACCAACAUGGGCAAGGUUCAGAUUCCAAUAACUUCUUAGAACAGUGCCGCAGGAGAGAAAUUAAAGAGCUACUGGCUUGCCAGAUUGUCCUACCAGACCCGGGUGUUGCAGGCUUCACUGUCAUCGACUAUUUCCGGCAGCUUUUGCAGCUUUCCAAUUUCAGGAACCUCCAUGGUGGCUCCCAGGCACCUAAUAGCCACCUGCUUGCUUUAGAACACUCAAGUUCUAGUGAUCUCAGCAGCAUAUGUGGCCUUGACAGCAGCUCUUGUUUUGUUGAAUCCCAUGGCAGAGAUAACUUUUCAAUGUCCUGGCAGCCAUCACUUCAACUCACUUCCAUUGUUUCAGAACUAACAGAUGAGGAUAAUUUUUCAGCUUCAGAACAAAGCAAGGUCUUUGAUACUCUUCAUCAGAACAGAAAGUGCAUUUCCUUGGCAGAGGCCACUGGUUCAGGUGGUUGCCAUGAUGCCAUUCAGUGUUCAUGGAGCCUUGUUUCAUAUAUGGAUAAAAAGAGCACAGCACAAAAGUUAGGUGAUGAACGUGGCUUACAAGCUAAUCAGCCAGGUGCAGUACACAGCAGUCAUCAUGAAAUUGGAGUUACUGGUUCUAAUUUAUUCUCCUUGAAAAUGCAAGAGUCCCAUGAGCCAAGUAAUACAAAAUCCUUCCACAGUGCAGUAGAAAUUAAAAAGAGAAAUUCCCAGCAUGACCUAACAUGUCAUGAUAUCAAUACUCCCUCCAGCCUUCAGGAAAGAUCUGCGUGUUGUCCACCUAUAUCACUCAGACUUGAAGAGAUAGCUGAUGGUUCCCAGGAUAAUGACCCCAAGAUUUGGGAUGAUCUGCCACUCUCUGAAAGCUUAAACAAGUUUCUGGCAGUUAUCGAAAGUGAGAUUGCUAUAACCCCCACGGAUGCCAGCAGUAGGCAGCAUCAUCUAGAUAAUGGCAUCGAUGAAUUACAGGCAGACCACAGCAGUUUAUCUGUGACUCCCCAGGGAACUGCUGGAGCCUUGCAUACACCACCUAUAGCAUUAAGAUCAUCUCAAGCAGCAGUCAAAGCAAACUCUGGCAAAGGUAACUUUCUUUCCAACUGUGAAGCAAAUCCAGCUGCUAGUGUUCAGGAGUCACAACCAGGUAACACAGCAGAGGCUGUCUCCAUAGGUAGAAAUGGAAGAGAUAUUUCUGAAUGUUUUCUAUCAAACGCUUCUCUGUCAGCUCUGUUUCCAGCUUCAAAAGGUUUAGGAACAGCAUCUACUCUUAGGAAGUCUACCAGAAUUCCACCACGUAGGGCUACGAUUUCACAUACGCACAGUACUUCAGAGAGUGACCAUUCUUGUCUCAAUAUCAGGUGUUUUAAUGGAAGUGGAGAAAAAUCACCUUUAGAAAUGAGUGAAAAGUUGGUGACUUUGUGUUCCAGGAGAUAUAAUGAUGUUUCUGACCUUUGCAAUUUAGAAAAUAAACAAUGUAGGAGGUGGCCAAAGAACCAAGGUGACAGUCUUACAAUUUGCAGGAAACUUACAUAUUCCUUAGAAGCUCUUUGCAGCAGUCCAUGUAGAAGUACAAAUGCAUUGAAAGAAAUGCCUUAUGGACAUAGCAGAAAUAAUUUAACACAGACCUAUGUUCCUGGUCAUGAAAGCAGCUACAAUGCUUCUGCUGAUCUCUUUGAUGAUAGUGCUAAAGAAAUGGACAUGGCAACAGAAACCACCAAAGUGUCACAGGAUAUUUUGUUACAAUGGGGAAAGUCUUUGGCAGAAAGUCAUCAUAUAGAAUCUGAUUUUUCACUGAGAUCACUUUCUGGAAAUUUCAGCCAAUCUUCACAAAAAUUACCCUUGCCAAAAAUGCCUGCUUCCAUGAAUCCAAAAACAUGCUCUUCACCACAUUUUCCAUCAGAUUCAGAAAGUGAUGUUGAAAGUAGCCAGGACUUUGUUCCAUGUUCACAGUCAACUCCUGUUGCAGGAUUCCACCAAACAAGAAUUCAUGGGGUGAAAGGAGCUUUCAAGAAACUGCCUACCUUUUAUGUGGAUCUUGAUACUAACUAUAAAAAAACAAGGAUUUCCUCUGAAAAUGAGGCACAGCAAGCCACUCCCAGGUCUCAAAAAAAUAUAAAAACACCCAGCCCUGUUAUACCUGGUGUGACACAACCAGAGGUUGUCAACAACUGUUCUAUUGCUGAGUGCCUUGCAUCUGACAUUGAUGAAUGGGUCCCUCCUACCACAAAAAAAGCAUUUCUUCCCGAUAUGCUUGGAUUCCAAGCCUUGGGUAUAAGAAAACGCCUUGCUGCCUGUAAUUCUCCUGAUGAGAACACAUUACCAAGAAAGAAACUGAAGCAUGUCAAACAAAGAACCAAUAAACGUUUCAUUAAGAAAGAGUUAAAUUUAAAGAACACGCUUAAAGCAGUAGUCGCAAACCAGAAAACUAACUACAGCAGUACACACUCAGGCUGGAUUUCCAAAGAGUCAGUGUUGGAACUUGGUUGUGGUUCAGAAGUCAGUUGUUGCCUUUCAUUUUCAGAAAAUUGGCCACCUUCAGUGCUUGAAACUAAAAACGCUUGGUCUCCUGAAUUGUUUUCACAGAAAGUCACCUCAACCCAAUGGCUGAACCUUUAAAGGUUUGUUUCGAAACAGUUGCCUCCACUGGCAUAGGAAGCAUUCAUCCCAUUUUGAAUACUUGAAGAAACACAAAUAGAAAAGAGGUGCUGUCUUUUAAAAAUGUUUAUAAAGCAAUUGUUUUUCUUUGUUUAUCCAGAAUAUUCUGAUUCGGAUAACUUGGCACUUUAUAUUUUUGGUUGUAUGUUAAUAAUAUUGUUUUGCUUGUUAAAAUUAUUUGUUAAACUCACAUGUACAUUCAGAAAUAAAGCCUUUACAAAGCAAAA